AUGCGACUUGAUCCGAGUGCCUUCCGGCGGGGAGGGGCCAUCUGGACGUGCGCCCGGUGCAAGAGUUCACAGGCACCCCUCCACGACUCGCGGCGCGGAUAUAGCUCCUACAAGAGGCCGGUCAAGGUAGUGCGACCGCGCAGGGCUGUAGCAUGGGCUGCGGCUGGUAGUGGCCUAGGAGCCAGUUUGCUGUUCUUCAGCGAUGAUAUUAGACAUGGUUGGCUUGCUGCAGAAAGGACAGGCCGGGUGGUCACCGCGCUGGCAGUGUGCAUAAACGACUACCGAGUCGCGCUCAAACAAGAUCUCGAUGACCCCGAACAAGAAGCCGCCAACCUCAAAGCCUGCCACAAACGCUGCGCCGAACGGACGUUGAAGGUGCUGGAGAAAAAUGGCUCGGUGUUCAUCAAGCUCGGCCAGCACUUGUCGUCCAUGGGAUAUCUCCUGCCUACGGAGUGGACCGACACAUUUAUCCCUCUGCAAGACAGGUGUCCGGUGUCGCCCUAUGAGUCGAUAGAGGAUAUGUUUCUCCGUGACACCGGCCACCGGAUAGAAGACGACUUCGACGACUUCUCCAAGGAGCCGAUUGGGGCGGCUUCGUUGGCACAGGUGCACACUGCCAAAUUGAAGAACUCGGACCAGAAAGUGGCGGUCAAAGUGCAACAUCCGAGUUUGGAGGAGUGGGUGCCGCUGGACCUGGCCCUAACGAGGUUCACGUUCCGUACGUUAAAAAGGGCGUUCCCGGAUUACGACAUGGAAUGGUUGAGUAGGGAGAUGGACUUUUCCUUGCCGCAAGAAUUGGAUUUCAGCCUGGAGGGAGCAAACGCCGUCCGGGCCAAGGAAUACUUCGAAAAACACACCAACCUGCCCCUCGUCAUCCCCAAGGUGAUAUCGGCGCGUCGACGGAUCCUGGUCAUGGACUACGUGACCGGGGCCAGAGUGGACAAUUGGACGUAUCUCGACAAGCACAACAUCUCCAGAGACGAAGUGUCGGCCGCGCUCGCCAGGAUCUUCAACGUCAUGAUCUUUCAGAACGAUGCCCCCCUGCACUGUGACCCGCAUGGAGGGAACCUGGCCAUUCAACACAACCCGAAGAGAAGAUACCCGUACAACUUUGAUGUCAUUCUUUAUGACCACGGGCUCUAUCGCAUGCCAGAUAAAAAGCUGAGGCACGACUACGCCAAGUUGUGGCUGGCCGUCAUCAACGCGGAUGAAGCACAGAUGCGGAAAUACGCGUACGAAGUCGCAGGCAUCACCGACGACCAAUUCCCGCUCUUUGCGUCAGCGAUCACGGGUCGAGAUUAUCGAGUCUUGACGAACAAGAAGAUCGCCACAUCCUUACGCGAUGCCGAUGAAAAGCAAGCCAUCAACGAAGUCUUUGGGGAAGACCUUCUUCAGCAACUCGUCCAACUAUUAGGCCACGUUCCUCGCAUUAUCCUCCUCAUCUUGAAAACCAACGAUCUGACCCGCAGCCUGGACGAGUCGCUGGGCUCGAAGCAACCGAUGCGGCCCAUGUUGAUUCUCGCCCAUUACGCCAGCCUGACUGUGUGGGAAGAGGAGAAGGAGAGAAUCCGUCGGCAGGGAGGUCUGCUGAUUCCCAGGAAUGGCUGGGCUUUGUUUCGAGCCUGGUUGAGCCACAUGAAGAUUGAGCUGAAGUUGUUCGGCUAUGAGCGCUACUUGUCGAUACGUAGGCAUCUACGACUCGAUGGGUAG